CCAGCCGGUUGUGAUACUGCCUGGAUUCGACCCAGGGACUGUAGUGAAGACUCUAGCACUGAAAUGCAGUGCCUUAGAUUGAUGCGCCACUCGGGAACUUGAGAAGGUGCGUCACUUGCCACCAACAGAUGGUGGCGAGGAACGAUGACAAGAGCAAUUCAUUAAUCAAUCAAGUAAAUUAUAUUUAAAUGUAAAGGUCAACAGGAGUCCUUCCUAUGAGCACAAGACGUUGAAAAUAUAUUGUUGGUUGAAAAGGCUUAAAAGACAUUGAAAAACAAGACAUCUUUCAACCAUAUUUUGCUGGUAUUUCUCUUCCUCAAACACCAAGACAAUACCAUCAUCAUAAUCGAUUCUGUUGAAUGGCUUUCCUUUGAGCCCGUCCAUUGGGUAAACACCUGGUGUAACCAGUACCUUUCCACAGGGUGUGUCUAUUAAUAUUCAUCAUUGUACAGGUAUAAAACAUACGUAUGUACUUACGCAAGUAUAAAAGCGAUGAUCACUGACACAACUUCCUCUUUCAACACAGAUCUCAGAUCAACCAACGCAGUAACACAGAUCUCAGAUCAACCAACGCAGUAACAGAGGUCCAAUGGCAGCCACGGUGAAAUCUGAGCCUCUUGAUAGCAAUGGUGAUUCACUGUCAGAUCAAAUGGCUACAAAGAUGAAGAUAACUGAGCCUAAUGAUAGCAUGAAGGGACAUCUUCACUACUUUUCCUUCAAAUUCCCUGAUAAAGAAGACCAGAAUAAAAUCACCUGUAAUAGCCCUUGCAGCGUGUUACAGGCUCUUGAAACAAGUUCCAAAUUCUGUGAACUAAAGGAAAUGACUGAGAAACAGAAGAUGAAGACAAGACAACAAGAGAAGACAAUGCAAAGACAAGACCUUGUUAUACAAACAACGAAAGGAAAGAAACCAAUAGCAACACACUUCCCUUGUCAUCUGCUUGAGAAUGGUCAAAUACUCACCAUAUCAACCAUUUCCAAUGAUAGUGGAGAGGCCACAACUGAACCCACACAGAUUUAUACAGGAAAUAAGCAAUACGUCAUUUUUUACAUUGAAUCUAAAGGUGGUAAGAAAACCAAAACCAAGCAACUGCUCAAAAACAAAAAACUUGAACCUUUUAGCCCUCUUUGCAUCUACGGCAUCUGUGGAGAGACAGUGGAGACAGCACUAACAAGAGAUGGACGCUUCCAUGACAAUGUGUUCACUAAAACUUGCAUUCUCGUUGAAUCAGACUCAGAUCCAGCGAGUUGUGUUGAGAUGAAUGUACUAGUUGACUGUCUGGAUAAACAAACCUUCAAAAUGAUCCUGGAAGAGAAAAACCCAACACAGGCUGCAACUGCCCCUCCACAAGCUGGUUCUAACCUUCAGAAAGAAGAUGAGACUAACUCCAUACAACUCCCCAUGUUUAACACAAGCACUGAAACAUCAGCUGCAGGGGAACCCCCCAAAAAACAGCUAGUCACAGUGCCAGAUUCUGCUGAGAUUUUGAAGAUUCUUCGCCACCAGUUUGCUGAUUUGGUGAAACAGAUGAAGAAGAGGUACAAAAAGAAGAAAUAUUCUGGGGUGCUAAGUCAUUUAAGCGGGGAAUUUGGAAAGAGCACCCAGGGGUUCUCUGAAGUCUACACAGUAAAGAAGCUGAUGAGACUGAGUGACUCAGUCUGUAUGAUCGAUGUCGAGGGGGUCGGGCAAGGCACUGGCUUCCUGCUGUUUGAUCAUUACAUUCUGACAAAUGCACAUUUGUUUAUUAACGAUGGCAUCUCGUAUGUUGAUGGAAAUUACCAGAAUAUCUUAGCCAAAGUAACUGCCACAUUCAACAAAGAAAAUCCCAAUGGGUCAGAUCUGAAGGUGAUAGAGGUGAAAUCAGAGAUCAUUGACUUUCAAUGGGGAUCUGACCACUACAAUCGACAUGUGGACUUUGCUGUACUAGAGCUUCAGGACGUUGAUACCUCCAACGGUCUUCUCCGUAGAUAUAGCCCAGAUCCAAAGACAGGUGGAGUCUGUCUCAUUGGACACCCAGGUGGAGGAGUGAAAAGAACAGACCCCACCACCAUUAUUGAGAGAGAAAGAAGAGGUGAGGCUUUCCAAAGAGAGAUUGGGAAUAAUGUCAGAAUGGAUAUGCUGAUCAAUACAUCCAUAGAAGAGAAUAAAGUGAAGUAUGACAUGCUCAUGAAUCCAGACAACACUGAAGUGACCUAUGACACCUGCCUCUUCCAUGGAGCUUCUGGCUCCCCAGUCUUUGAUGAAUCCUGCCAGGUGAUAGCCAUGCACACUGGAGGGUUUCCCUACGAAGAUGAAGGAGUGAAGAGUGUGAUUGAGUAUGCCAUCCCUCUCCUCACCAUACUGGAGGACUUUCUGAUCAAGAUGAAGGACAGAAACAAUGUUGAAAUACUGACCAAGUUCACCAGAGAAGCCUUGACAUGCCCCCAUUUGCAUGAUUUAAUUUACAAUUUUAUCAGACACCUGGUAAAUGAAUGGAAGCCCUCAUUCAGUGCAGCCUUGACAGCAGUCUGGGAUGCAGUUGAGGAAAAUGAGAACCAUCUAAGAAUUAAAGAACAUCUUAGAACAUGGAUCAUUUCAGAAAAGGAGGUACUGGAAAAGAUUGAAAUAGCAGGAAAUGAAGCUUUGAAAGAGUUCAUGUUGAAAAACGAUCUUGUCAAGUUACCCCAGUGACUUAACUCUACCCACAGUGGCAGUCAGAUGUCGGUGCCUGGUUGCAAGGUGGACACACAACACACGUAACACACGUAACACACACAACACACGUAACACACGCAACACACGUAACACGCAACACACGCAACACACGCAACACACACAACACACACAACACACACAACACACGUAACACACGCAACACACGCAACACACGCAACACACGCAACACACGCAACACACACAACACACACAACACACACGUAACACACGUAACACACGUAACACACACAUAACACACGUAACACACGUAACACACACACGUAACACAUACAGCUGUUUGCUGUAAUUGUCUGGUACCUUAUGAUGUCCUUUGUAUUUUCUGUAUUUUUCUGAGACUUUGGGAAAAGGUUCAAUAAAUAGAUAGAGGGAACUUUGUAGAUGCAACUGUCAAAAUAUAAUUAAAAAAAUGUAUUAUUGUGUUCUACAUUUUUGUUACUUUGAGUUUUGGUCACUUGUCUUUGGUUUCACUUGUCACACUUUUUUUUAAAGAUAAUAGCUCAAUACUUUUUCAUUUUGACGAUACUUUUGUACUCUUCUGAGAAUGUCUUCAUAAUUUCUUUGUAGAAGGUGGUAAUUGUCUUUAUAUUGGAAUUCUGUAUGAUGUUGAAAUUGUUAUAACUCAUGAAAUGAAAACAACCAUGCAUAAAACUAGUGACAGACUAAUCAAUAAAUGUGUUGGCAAUUACA